AUGGGACAGUUUUUUUCUAAGAUGCCUCAAACGGAUGAAGAGUCGAUUCGGAAAGAAGUUGAAAGCUCUCCGGUAGUAUUAUACACAAGACCAAAAUGUCAUUAUUGUGCCAAAGCAAAACUUUUGUUAGACAGUAGGCAAGUGAAAUACAAGGAAACCGAUUUGGAUGCUCAUGAGCGUUGGCAUCCUGAACAACAUCAAUCGUUUGUCAAUGGGUUAGUUCAUAUCACAAAACAAACUUCGGUACCUCAGAUAUUCAUUUGUGGAAAAUUUAUUGGCGGUUUUCUGGAGCUACAGCAAUUAAAUAAUGCAGGGAAACUGCUCGAUGCAAUCGCAAAAUGUCAUCCUUCCUCGGAAACCAAUUCUGAAUAG